GUAUAAUAUCAGCUGUUUCCUCUCCAGCAGCUCAUUCGUCUGCUGUAAGUUUCCAGAGACAACAUGCCCGAACCCGCCAAGUCCGCGCCCAAGAAGGGCUCCAAGAAAGCGGUCACCAAGACGGCCGGCAAAGGAGGCAAGAAGAAGAGAAGGACCAGGAAGGAGAGCUACGCCAUCUACGUGUACAAGGUGCUGAAGCAGGUCCACCCCGACACCGGGAUCUCCUCCAAGGCCAUGAGCAUCAUGAACUCCUUCGUCAACGACAUCUUUGAGCGCAUCGCCUCCGAGGCCUCCCGUCUGGCUCACUACAACAAGCGAUCCACCAUCACCUCCAGGGAGAUCCAGACCGCUGUGCGCCUCCUGCUGCCCGGUGAGCUGGCCAAGCACGCCGUGUCCGAGGGAACCAAGGCUGUGACCAAAUACACCAGCUCCAAGUAACCAGCUCUGCUGCUGAUGCUCCAACCCAACGGCUCUUUUAAGAGCCACUCACUGCAUCUGGAGGGCUCUGGUUUAUGCACUGACAUUUAAAGUUAUUAAAAUUACAUGUUUGUCC